AUGAGCAAAGUCAAACCUCAAAAGUCCAAAGGAAUACCGAGUAAACAUCUACACGCCCGCACUACUUUCCUAUACCAGGCCGCCACGUACCUGACUCUACAAACAACUUCAAACAAGACCACGGCCACGAGGAUUCUUGAAUCUGACGAGGACUGGAACUCGGCUCAGACAUGCAGUGAGCACGUGCCGAGUCACUCGCCUCUUGCUCUCCAGCUCGGUUCUGAUUUGCAGCAAGUUACGCGCAAAGCACAACUUCGCCUCUCCGUGGAUUUGAAACGCAGUCUUUGCAAGCGGUGCAACACAGUGCUGAUCCCAGGACGUACAGCGAACCAAAGCGUGGAGAAUCUGAGCAAAGGUGGGAAGAAACCAUGGGCAGAUGUGUUUGUGCUCGCUUGUAUGACAUGUGACGGGCGGAAGAGGUUCCCGAUUGAAUCCGCGGCACAGACCAGCACCGAAUUUGACUCAACUACGGCAUGA